AACCAGCCUAGCCAGCCGGGAUAGAAACGUCAGAAAGCUACCCAGACAUAUAGGAGCAGUUUCAACAGAAGGCGCCAUGGCCACAUCAUGAGUUCAAGCCUAAUCGCUGUGAUAAGUUAAUACUGUUAAGUAUUCCGCAGCUACUGGUACGGCGACGACGAAACUUGCAAGUCUAGUCGCCCAAUGGCUACGACGGCCAUGGCCACCACACCGCGAGCUCGCGGCAAUGCGCUUUUUGUGGCCGGUGACUAUGCUGCCGCCGUAGCCUCUUAUUCGGAGGGCUUGGUGCCUCCUGUCUCCACUGACCCCGACAAGGACGAGGUCGCCCUGCUUUUGUGCAACCGCGCAGCCGCCUACCUCGAGCUGGGCAACAAGGCCGCCGCAGCCGCCGACUGUCGCGCCUGUCUGCAGCUGCAGCCCUGCAGCUUCAAGGCGCACUUCCGCCUCGCCCGCGCGCUGCUGCCUAGCCACCCCGACGCAGCUCCUGCGAUUGCUGCCGCCCUGGCGCUAAGCAGCAGCAGUAAUGGCGGCUCCUCGCCCGCCUCCUCCCCCUCUUGGACUCCCGCUAUGCUGGAGACGUACGCAGCCAUCCAGCGUGCAUCUUCGGCCGCUGCCAUAACCCGGGGCAACAACACCGGCGGCAUGACGACCAACGCUUCGCGCCCGCAAUCCCAGCCACCGCAGCACUGGCAGCACCAGGAGCUGUGCCUGCCUGAAGACCCAAACCGCCUCGCCGCCGCCUCCAAUUGGUCCCAAGUUGAGUCCGCGCUGCGGCAAGGUGCCACCCUCGUCAUCCUGCGUCCCGGCUCCUACACCACCUCCACAAUACUUCCCACCGGACGCGGACUUCCGUACACACUCAUGGCCGUACCCGUACCUGCACCACCCACACCCACACCUGUGCCUGAAUCUGCGUCCUCCACACCUACCUCCACAACCAUCGGAUCAACCACUUCUUCCAACCAUUCCGCUUCUAACACUGGUUUCGGAGCCGCUGUCGUACCGGAGGCGGCCCUUGUGGAGCUCAAGUCCACCCCUGUAUUCGGAACCCAUGCCAUCUGGGCCACGGCACGUCAGCCGCCGGUCACCCUCAUCGGCAUGCGUCUGGUGGGCAGCGGUCGAGCCGCCGCCGCAUGCGUGUCCGAUCCGGAAGCAGAGUUGCAGCUGGUUCACUGCCGCGUUGAGGAUUACAGCGAGGUGGGGUUGUUAGUGGUGGGCGGCCGGGCCAGGCUGGAGCACUGCACCUUUGCACGGCUGGCCUGUCAGGCGGUUGAGGUGCGUGAGGGCGGGGAGCUGGAGGCGGCAUGGCUGCACGUGAGUGAGUGCCGACAGGGCGUGAGUGCGUACGGCGGCGCGAGGCGGCUGGUGCUGAAGCAUUGUCGCAUCCUGCGGUGUGCCCGGGAGGGUGUCUUGGCGGCGGGAACCUACAGCAAUGCCGCAACGGAGAUCCAGGAGACUGGGUACAGGCCGGUAAGCUCCAAGAGCCAAGCACGGGCUACGGAGACGGCGCGGGAAUGGGGCAAGGCGCACGGUACGCAGCUGGAUGCGCUGUUGGUGGGCUGCGAGAUUGCGCAUUGCCGUGUGUUUGGCAUAUCAGCGGACAGCGGCGCGAGUCUGGUGGCGCAGGGGUGCAGGCUGGAGGGCAACGACCCGUAUGGGGUGUUUGUGAAGGGCGGCACGGAUGCGACUAUCGUGGCGUGCCAGGUGCUGGUCGCAGAUGCGGUGUCGCAAUCGGAGUGGUGGAAGCACAUGGCUGCCUCGCAUGCGGCAAUGGGACCUGGCGCCGCCGCACUUUCUGCUGGUUUGGGACUUCAGAAGCAGCGACAGACCGGGGUGCAGGUGGGGGUGAACUUCGGCGGCUGCGUCAACAUUGUGGGCAAUGCAUUUGCUGGGCCGCAGCAGUUGGCGAUCGUGGAGGAAAUGCACGAUAGCCGCAUGGUUAGCGCGCGGGAGAAGGAGAUGUCUCGGCGAAUGGGGAUGUGGUCCAAGCCUGCGGUUGUGGAGAAGAACAGCUUCCAUGCCGGCAUUGCCGUCCGCACUGCUACCGCGGUUGCGGCGGCAGCUGAUAAGGCCGCGAAAGCGGCAACAAAAGGAACAACAAGGGACCGUGACGGCGCAGCAUCCACGGCUGCAACAUCUGGAGCUUCUUCACAGCCGUCAGCACUGCUCCCGUCUAUUGACACACUGUUGCAGCGUCUGCCGGCCUGGCUAGCACUGGAGGG